AUGAAUCAAUAUCAAUAAUUUCAAAAAAGUUUCUAUCAAGCUAAUGAUAAAAAUAAUAGAAAAUUUAUUACAGGUUAAAUAAUUGAAAUGGAAAAACAGCCUAAACCACAUGGCAAAUUAUUACCAAGACAAGUCAGACUUGAAGAAAAUAAUAUGUCUCAAAUUAAAAAUUAAAAACACAUAGAAUACCCAACUGGUUUCUUAAUAAUUAAAAAAGUAUUGAUGAAUAAUAAAUUAGUAAGAGUUUGAUAUUUUACCAGAAAAUUAAAGAGCUUAUUUUCCAUGGACUAAUAAUUAAAAUAAAAAUGUAAGAGUAGUAUUUGACCGUGCUCUAGAUGGGUUGACUAAAACAUAAAUCUUAGACUUUAAAAAACCAACAGCUGUUUAUUUUGAUGACUUUGAUUUAGGAAUGAGAUUUAUAGAAUUUUUAAAAUUCAAAAAUAAACAGAAACUAGAUCAUUCUAAAGAAAUAAUUAAAAAAAUCAUUAAAAAGUGGUUUUAUUAGCAAUCACUAAAAAUUGCUGAAAGCUAAGUUGAGAAAUUGAGUAUAACUGCAAAGCGUAUUUAAUAAUAGAAAAAAACAGAAUAAAAUGAAUUUGUAAUAGAUUCUGAUGAAUUGUUAGAAUAUGAUAAAGUAAGAUAUGAAUAAAUGUUUAAAAUACUAGAAAAAAUGGCUGAUCAGGAGAAAAAACAUUAAGAGGAAUUAAUGAAACUAUAAAAAAUUGCAAAGCUGAAAAAAUAAGAAAAUUUUAUUAAACAAAAAGAGUCAAAGGCAACUAUGGAAUUACUUAAUAAUUGGAAAAAAAUAGCUAAUAUUAUAUUAAAAGAGAAGGAGGAUUUAGAAGAAUAAUAAUAAAGAGAAUUAGAAGAAGAAGAAAAAAGAUUACAAAAAGAAAUUGAAGAUAUUGAAAAUGAAUAGUAAAAAAUAUCUUAAAUAAAAUAAAAUGAGGAAUAGUCAUAAAUAUUAUAAUAAUAAUAAUAACAAUAAUAAUAAUAAUAAUAACAAUAAAAAUUACCUCAACAUAAAGAUUUACAUCUUACAAACUUCAAACUAAUUAUAGGUUAGCAUAUUAAAUUAUUUAAUCCAAUUUUGCAUAUUUAGUUUAAAAGAUUAGAAUCAUAAAAUUAUAGUAGGAUGGAAUUUGAUAGAGGUCAAGAGAUAACUUUUAUGUAAUUAGAUAUGAAAGGAUGGACAGCUGAUCUUCAAGUUACUUUAUCAGGAUUUUAAAUUAAAGAUGCUUUAGAUUUAGUGAUAUAUGAUGAUUAUUAAGAAGUAAAUGAGAAAAUUUUGGCUAGAGCUUAAGAAGAAUAGAAUAAUGUGUUGGCUUUCUUAGCUACUGCUAAAAAGGUCAUGUAAGGUAGAAUUUACAUAAUAGAUUUUGAGAAGAACUUAAAUAAUAAUAGAAGACAUUUUGCUAGUUUGGAAGUAUCAGCAAAUUUGUAACAAUAUACUACAGGAAAUGAAUUAUUAAAUGUACCUAUGAUGCAAAUUGAUAUUCAUGAAGAUAGUCCUUUUAGGAUAUCAAAUACUACUAUUAAUCCAUUUUAUUUAGAUAUUAUAGAAAUGCCUUUUACAGCAUAAGAAUUGAAAUAUUUUGUAAGAUAAUUAAAAACUCCCUGCAAUAGUUUGUAAGAAAAAUGGGAUUCCUUUAAAACUGAAGCUUUAGAAAAUGCUCUUCAAGUUAGAGGAUAAAUAUGGGUUAAUAGUAAAUAAUCAGAGGAUGAUUUAAUUGAAAUUUAAGAGUAUAUUUUGGAAGAACAAGGAAUAGAGGAAUAAAAAGGAAAAUUUAUUUUACUCUAAGAAUAUUUAUAACUUAAUCCAAUCCAAAAUAAAUAAUGUUUGGUUAAAAAUAAAAUAAUUGAUGCCUGUAAAAAAGGAUUUACGAAACAAUCUAGAAAGGAAUUAAUUCCAAUUUUGUUACAAUUCAAUACUAAAUUAGAUAAAUUCACUAGGGAUAUUGGAUUAGAAUGGAUUUAAAAUGAAAGUAUCAUAAAACUAAUUGAGAGUGAAGUGAACUAAUAUAUAGAAGAAGAAACAAAAUAAGCAAAUAGUUAAAAAGUAUAAAAUUAUAUUGCUAGUAUAUAAUUUAAAGAAGCAACUAUAUGGACAGAUCAAUAUAUAAAAAAGAUGGAAUAAUGGAAGGAUAGAAUUACAAUUCUAUUAAAUUGUUUUGAAAUGAGUAAUCACACAAAAAAUAAAAUGAUUUUAACCAUUAGAUUGUUUCAACUUUUUAAUUGUUAAGAAGGUUGCGAUGAUUAUGUUUUCAAAAUAAUUUAAAGUUUAGAGUAUAAACUAAUGAUUCCAAAAAUUUCAUUUGAUAAAUUGGAUGCUUAAUGGUUUAAAACUCAUUUAAAUAGUCUAUUUAGUGAUUUCUUUUAUUUUGAUAUUUGGUUAAGAGUAUUUGAUUAUAUAAUUGGGAUAGGAUUUGUAAAUGGUGAUUUUGAUAAAGCAAUAGGAAGUGUGAUUGGUGGAAUUUUAAAUGAGGUAGAUUAUAAAUAAUAUCGAACCUAAUAAGAAUUCAUAACAGGGUUGACUAUUUAUGGAAAGCUUCUUUGUGAUCCUGAAAAAUUGAUAAUGAGCUGUUUUGACUCUUAUAAUCAACACGAAUUUGUUUAUUUAGAAUCAGAUGAAUAAAUAGUUGAAAUUUUGACUUAAAAUGUUAAUCCUUUGGAAUAGAUACUUAAUGAUUAAAUCUAAUAAUAAAAACCACAUUAAUAAAGUUUUAUGAUUGAUGUUCCUGAAGAACAUGAAGGAUCAAUUUAUGAAAUUUUAGAAUAACAAUAAUAAGCAGUUUCAUUGCCAAGAUCUCAAUAAAUAUAUCUAUUCAAAUAAAAAAUCGAUAAAAUUCACAUUUUAAUUCAUUCAAUGUAUUUACAUAAAAUAACAUUUUGUGAAUAAAAUAUGGUUACAAUUUAAAAUUAAAGAAAAGGUGAAUAAGAUGGAUUAUAUUUUGAAUUACCAUAUUCAUCAUCAAUUUUAGAAAUUUAAAUUAAUGAUAAUUUUAAAGGUUAAAUAGAUAUAGAUUACUUUUAAGUAAAUACAAUUUACAAGAAUUCUUUGAUUUUAAAUGAUAAUUAUGAUAUGUAAAGACAUUAUCAAAUAUCUGAGUUAGAAUAUUCAAUCUUAUUAACAGGAUAAGGAUUACCGUAUGAAAGAGUAAAUAGUAAAGAUACAGCUGUAAGUAAUUUUAAUGAUCUAGCAACUUAAUUUAAAGUUUAACACAAUUUCUUAUCACAUCCAGAUUCAUUUAAGCUAGGAAAUGUAUUAAAUUAGGCAGAAUUCAAAUAAUUGAUGUAAUAAUAUUUCAAAUUAGAUCCUGGAUCUCAAAAUUUAGAUCAAUUAUACUAAAAUUUAUUACUAUAAGGAAAUCAAAAGAUAUAUUUGGUUGAUAUUUUGAUGAAAUUAACAUAAGACAAAAAUAAAUAAUUGGAAAUUUUAAAUUUAUUCAAUCCAAAUGAAAAAUUGAAUCAUAAAUAGUUAAGGAGAUAGGGAUUGGAAGGAGGUGAUGUAAAAUUUUUAAAGGUAUUGAUUUCAGAUGAAAAUUAUGAAUAAAGUGUGGAUUUGACAGAAUACUUUAAUAAUUUAUUGAUGAAUCAUUUUUUAAAAUACAAUUCUUAUGAUAUUUUAUUUGUAGAUUAGAAUAAUAGAUUAUACUUAUUAGAUAAUGCAGGGUCGUUUUUGUAAUAGCUGCGAACAUGUAUUUGAUAAUAAUAUUUUUAGAGAUUUUGAUUUUAAGAUUGAAAUUUAGCAGUUUUGGGAAUAUCAGAAGAAUGUAAUAUUAGAUUACAAAGUAAUUUAAAUUAACAAAAGAAAUGCCAGUUUCUGCUACUUCAAUUAAGGAGUUAUUAGAGAAUAACAAAAGAUUAUUAUCAUUAGACAAUAAUUAGAAAUUAAUGAUUGAGAAAAAAUUGAGAUUUAAUGAGCAUUUAGUAUACUUGAGGUGCAGAGAGGGAUCAAAAUAAUUUGAAACCUGUAAUCUUGUUGGAUAAGUAUUGAACAAGAAUGAAGAAUUGCAAUAUUAUGUGGUUCAAUUAGAAAAUGAAAAGAAUAUCAUAGUUUAUAAAGAAGAUGUGUUAUUAUUCGAUAACAUUUAACUAGAGGAAUUACAGAUGUAUCAUAAGAUAUGGAAAUCAUAAUGA